AGCAACAAGGAUGAAGUGCAUCAUGGUCCUGUUGGCUUAUGCAGCUGUUGGAUGGACUCAGUUAUGUGACCCUCGGCCAGGAGCAGUUAACCUGGCAAGAUUCGGAGAUGUCCAACAGAGUUCUACUUGGGAACCUCAGUACGGCGCUGAAACAGCAGUUGAUGGCAUUAAAGAGACAGAUAUGUCACUAAGCCCCUGUACUCACACUGGCAAUGACCAUCCGGCUUGGUGGCAGCUGGACUUGAAGGAAAGUUUUGAGGUUCAGUCCGUGGUCAUAGUGAACAGGGGGGACUGUUGCAGCGAGCGCCUCUUAGGAGCUGAGAUUCGUGUUGGAAAUUCAUUGGCAGAACUUAAUUAUACUGUUUGUGGCACCAUUGACGAUGUCUCAGAAGCCUCCCUGAGAAUUUGCUGUAAUGGGACAGAGGGUCAGUAUGUGAGUGUGGUUAUUCCUGGGAGAGAAGAAUAUCUCACACUCUGUGAAGUGGAGGUUUAUGGGAAGGAAUCUAACACCAGGACAGAAAUAAAUCUGGCUAGAACUGGAGAAGUCACACAAAGCUCCACUUUGGAACCUCAAUUUGGGGCUGAAGCAGCAGUGGAUGGCAUUAUAGAGACAAAUAGCACAGUACAUCCUUGUACCCACACCAAUAAUGAUAAUUCGGCUUGGUGGAGGCUGGACCUGAAGAAGACAUACAAUGUGGGGACUGUGGUGAUAGCGAAUAGAGAAGACUGUUGCAGUGAGCGUCUGUUGGGAGCCGAGAUUCGUGUUGGAAGUUCAAGAGAUAAUAACAACCCUGUAUGUGGUGCCAUCACUAACAUCUCCCAAGCCAUCAUCACUCUGUCCUGUAAUGGGAUGGAGGGUCGCUAUGUGAGUGUGGUUAUUCCUGGGAGAGAAGAAUAUCUCUCACUCUGUGAAGUGGAGGUUUAUGGGGAGGAAUCUGAAAUGCAUGGGGAAGACCCUACAAAUGGUACAGUGAAUCUGGCAAGAUCAGGAGAAGUCCACCAAAGCUCCACUUAUGACCAGCAGUAUGGUGCCGGAGCAGCUAUUGAUGGCUUCACAGAUACAGAUAUCUUAGUGCACCCAUGUACCCACACUGAUUAUGAUAAUCCGGCGUGGUGGCGGCUGGACCUUAAGAAGAGGUACAAGGUUGAGACAGUGGUGAUAGUGAACAGAGAGGACUGUUGCAGUGAGCGCCUGUUGGGAGCCAAGAUUCGUGUUGGAGAUUCAGCAGAUAAUAACAACCCAGUAUGUGGCGCCAUCACUAACAUCUCCCAAGCCUCCAUCACUCUGGUCUGUAACGGGAUGGUGGGUCGGUAUGUGAGUGUGGUUAUUUCUAGGAGAGAAGAAUAUCUCACACUCUGUGAAGUUGAGGUUUAUGGGGCAGAAGCUGAAAUUUAUGAGGAGGAAUCUAAAAAUGCUACAGUGAAUCUGGCAAGAUCAGGAGAAGUCCGGCAAAGCUCCACUUAUGACCAACAGUAUGGUGCUGAAGCAGCUAUUGAUGGCUUCACAGAUACAGAUAUCUUGGUGCACCCAUGUAGCCACACUGAUUAUGAUAAUCCAGCUUGGUGGCAGCUGGAUCUGAAGAGAAGAUACAAGGUUGAGACAGUGGUGAUAGUGAACAGAGAGGACUGUUGCAGUGAGCGCCUGUUAGGGGCUGAGAUUCAUGUUGGAGAUUCAACAGACAAUAACAACCUCAUAUGUGGCGCUAUCACUAACAUCUCCCAAGCCACCAUCACUCUGUACUGUAAGGGGCUGGAGGGUCGCUAUGUGAGUGUGGUUAUUCCUGGGAGAGAAGAAUAUCUCACACUUUGUGAAGUGGAGGUUUAUGGGGAGGAAUCUGAAAUUUAUGAGGAAGAUCCUAAAAAUAUGACAGGUGGAGAGGAGGUUUAUGGGGCAGCAGCUGAAAUUCAUGAGGAAGAUCCUAAAAAUGCAACAGGUGGAGUGGAGGUUUAUGGGGCAGAAGCUGAAAUUCAUGAGGAAGAUCCUAAAAAUACGACAGGUGGAAUGGAGGUUUAUGGGGCAGAAGCUGAAAUUCAUGAGGAAGAUCCUAAAAAUAUGACAGGUGGAGAGGAGGUUUAUGGGGCAGCAGCUGAAAUUCAUGAGGAAGAUCCUAAAAAUGCAACAGGUGGAGUGGAGGUUUAUGGGGCAGAAGCUGAAAUUCAUGAGGAAGAUCCUAAAAAUAGGACAAGUGGAGUGGAGGUUUAUGGGGCAGCAGCUGAAAUUCAUGAGGAAGAUCCUAAAAAUGCGACAGAAGGAGUGGAGGUUUAUGGGGCAGAAGCUGAAAUUCAUGAGGAAGAUCCUAAAAAUAUGACAGGUGGAGUGGAGAAUUAUGGGACAGAAGCUGAAAUUCAUGAGGAAGAUCCUAAAAAUGCAACAGGUGGAGUAGAGAUUUAUGGUGCAGAAGAAGAAAUUCAUGAAGAAGAUCCUAAAAAUGCGACAGGUGGAGAGGAGGUUUAUGGGGCAGCAGCUGAAAUUCAUGAGGAAGAUCCUAAAAAUGCAACAGGUGGAGUGGAGGUUUAUGGGGCAGAAGCUGAAAUUCAUGAGGAAGAUCCUAAAAAUACGACAGGUAGAGUGGAGGUUUAUGGAGCAGAAGCUGAAAUUCAUGAGGAAGAUCCUAAAAAUAUGACAAGUGGAGUGGAGAAUUAUGGGGCUGAAGCUGAAAUUCAUGAAGAAGAUCCUAAAAAUGUGACAGGUGGAGAGGAGGUUUAUGGGGCAGCAGCUGAAAUUCAUGAGGAAGAUCCUAAAAAUGCAACAGGUGGAGUGGAGGUUUAUGGGGCAGAAGCUGAAAUUCAUGAAGAAGAUCCUAAAAAUAGGACAAGUGGAGUGGAGGUUCAUGGGGCAGCAGCUGAAAUUCACGAGGAAGAUCCUAAAAAUGCGACAGAAGGAGUGGAGGUUUAUGGGGCAGAAGCUGAAAUUCAUGAGGAAGAUCCUAAAAAUGCGACAGAGGAAGUGGAGGUUUCUGGGGCAGAAGCUGAUAUUCAUGAGGAAGAUCCUAAAAAUGUGACAGAGGGAGUGGAGGUUUAUGGGGCAGAAGCUGAAAUUCAUGAGGAAGAUCCUAAAAAUGCAACAGGUGGAGUGGAGGUUUAUGGGGCAGAAGCUGAAAUUCAUGAGGAAGAUCCUAAAAAUGUGACAGAGGAACUGGAAGUUUAUGGGGCAGAAGCUGAAAUUCAUGAGGAAGAUCAUAAAAAUGCUACAGUGAAUCUGGCAAGAUCAGGAGAAGUUCGACAAAGCUCCACUUAUGACCAACAAUACGGUGCCGGAGCAGCUAUUGAUGGCUUCACAGAUACAGAUAUCUUGGUGCACCCAUGUACCCACACUGAUUAUGAUAAUCCGGCUUGGUGGCGGCUGAACCUGAAGAGAAGAUACAAGGUUGAGACAGUGGUGAUAGUGAACAGAGAGGACUGUUGCAGUGAGCGCCUGUUAGGAGCUGAGAUUCGUAUUGGAGAUUCAACAGACAAUAACAACCCAGUAUGCAGCACCAUCACCAAUAUCUCCCAAGCCACCAUCACUUUGUCCUGUAACGGGCUGGAGGGUCGAUAUGUGAGUGUGGUUAUUCCAGGGCGGGAAGAAUAUCUCACACUCUGUGAAGUGGAGGUUUAUGGGGAGGAAUCAUACAAACAGACAGCAGUGAAUCUGGCGAGAUCUGGAGACGUCAAACAAAGCUCCACUUAUGAAUCCCAUUACAACGCUGAAACUGCUGUCGAUAGCAUAAAAGAGACAGAUAUCUCAAUUCAUCCAUGUUCCCACACUUUUAAUGAUAAUCCAGCUUGGUGGCGUCUUGACCUGAAGAAGAUCUACAGGAUUGAGUCUGUAGUGAUAGUGAACAGAGGAGACUGUUGCAGUGAGCGUCUCUUUGGAGCUGAGAUUCGUGUCGGGGAUUCAGCAGAUAAUAACAACCCUGUAUGUGGCACCAUAACUAAUAUCGCACAUUCCACCAUCACUCUGUCCUGCAAUGGGUUGGAUGGUCACUUUGUCAGUGUGGUUAUUCCAGGGCGGGAAGAAUAUCUCACACUCUGUGAAGUGGAGGUUUAUGGGGAGGAAUCAACUGAUAUUGCAGCAGUGAAUCUGGCAAGAUCUGGAGAUGUCAGACAAAGCUCCACCUAUGAACCUCAUUACAGUGCUGAAACAGCUAUUGAUGGCAUUAUAGAGACAGAUAUCUCAAUACACCCAUGUUCCCACACCAGCAGUGAUAAUCCAGCUUGGUGGAGGUUGGACCUGAAGAAGAUCUACAAGGUUGAUUCUGUGGUCAUAGUGAACAGGAUGGACUGCUGCAGUGAGCGCUUGAUGGGAGCUCAGAUUCAUGUUGGAGAUUCAGCAGAUAAUAAGAACCCAGUCUGUGGCACCAUCUUUGACAUCUCAAAAGCCACCAUUACUAUACUCUGUAAUGGGCUGGAAGGUCGUUAUGUGAGUGUGGUUAUUCCUGGACGGGAAGAAUAUCUCACACUCUGUGAAGUGGAGGUCUAUGGGAGGGAAUCCAACAAUGUAAAAGCAGUGAAUCUGGCAAGAACUGGAGAAGUCACACAAAGCUCCUCCUAUGAAUCUCAUUAUAGUGCUGAAACAGCUAUUGAUGGAAUUAUAGAGACAGAUAUCUCAAUACGCCCAUGUUCCCACACCAAUGAUGACAACCCAGCUUGGUGGCGGCUGGACCUAAAGAAGGUCCACAAGGUUGAUGCAGUGGCCAUAGUGAACAGGAUGGACUGUUGCAGUGAGCGCCUGUUGGGAGCUGAGAUCCGUGUUGGAAAUUCCGCAGAUAAUAACAACCCAGUAUGUGGGACAGUCACUAACAUCUCGCAAGCCACCAUUAAUCUCUUCUGUUAUGGGCUGGAGGGACGUUUUGUGAGUGUGGUGAUACCAGGGAGGGCAGAAUAUCUCACCCUCUGUGAAGUAGAGGUUUUUGGGGAGGAAUCUAGCAGUGCAACAGCAGUGAAUCUGGCACGGUUUGGAGACGUCAGACAAAGCUCCACCUAUGAACCUCAUUACAGCGCUGAAACAGCUAUUGAUGGCAUUAUAGAGACAGAUAUCUCAAUAAGAGCAUGUACCCACACCUUUGAUGAUAAUCCAGCUUGGUGGAGGUUGGACCUGAAGAAGAUCUACAAGAUUGAUUCCGUGGUCAUCGUAAACAGGAUGGACUGUUGUAGUGAGCGCCUGUUGGGAGCUGAGAUCCAUAUUGGGGAUUCGGCAGAUAAUAACAACCCAGUCUGUGACAAUAUCACCGACAUCUCACAAGCCACCAUCACACUAUACUGUAAUGGAAUGGAGGGUCGGUAUGUGAGUGUGGUUAUUCCUGGACGCUCAGAGUAUCUCACAUUAUGCGAAGUGGAAGUUUAUGGAGAAGAAUCUAACAAUUCAAAAGCAGUGAAUCUGGGACGGUUUGGAGACGUCAGACAAAGUUCCACUUAUGAACCUCAUUACAGCGCUGAAACAGCUAUUGAUGGCAUUAUAGAGACAGAUAUCGCAAUACAUCCAUGUACCCACACCUUUGAUGAUAAUCCAUCUUGGUGGCGGCUGGACCUGAAGAACAUCUAUAAUGUUCAGACAGUGGUCAUAGUGAACAGGAUGGACUGUUGCAGUGAGCGCCUGUUGGGAGCUGAGAUUCGUGUUGGAAAUUCAGGAGAUAAUAACAACCCAAUAUGUGCCACCAUCACUGAGGUCUCCCAAGCCACCAUCACUCUUUCGUGUAAUGGACUGGAGGGUCGCUAUGUGAGUGUGGUUAUUUCCGGGAGAGCAGAGUAUCUCACACUCUGUGAAGUGGAGGUUUAUGGGGAGAAAUCUAAAAAUGUUACAGUUAAUGUUGCACAGUCAGGAGAAGUCCGUCAAAGCUCUGAUUAUGAGCCUCAGUAUUCUGCUGAAACAGCUGUCGAUGGUGUUAUAGAGAGCGAUAUCUCAGUACACCCAUGUACCCACACCAGCGAUGACUAUGGACCUUGGUGGCAAGUUGACUUGAAGAACAGAUACAAAGUCAACACGGUGGUCAUGGUGAAUAGGAUGGACUGCUGCAGUGAGCGCCUGUUAGGGGCUGAGAUUCGGGUUGGAGAUCUUACAGAUAAUAACAACCCAGUAUGCGGCACUGUCACUGACGUCUCCCAAGCCAUCAUCACUCUCUCCUGUAGGGGACUGGAGGGUCAGUAUGUGAGUGUGGUUAUUCCCGGGCGCUCGGAAUAUCUCACACUCUGUGAAGUGGAGGUUUAUGGGGAGGAAGUUUAUUGUUUAGCCAAUAAUCUGGCAAGGUCAGGAGAUGUCAAGCAAAGCUCCACUUUUGACCCGAAGUACACCGCUCAAUCGGCUGUUGAUGGCAAUAAAGAAAACAACAUAUUCAAAAGCCCCUGUGCUCACACGAAUAAAGACAAUCCUGCUUGGUGGCAGUUGGACCUGAAGAAGACCUACAACAUUGAUACUGUGGUCAUAGUGAACAGAGGAGACAGUUGCAGUGAGCGUCUGUUAAAAGCCGAGAUUCGUGUUGGAAAUUCUGCAGAUAAUAACAACCCCGUAUGCGCCACCAUCACUGAUGUUUCACAAUCGACCAUUACUCUGUGCUGUAAGGGGAUGGGGGGUCGUUAUGUCAGUGUGGUCAUUUCUGACCGGGCAGAAUAUCUGCAGCUCUGUGAAGUGGAGGUUUAUGGGCAAGAACCGAAAUCUACAGAUGUGAAUCUGGCAAGAUUGGGAGAGGCCAGUCAGAGCUCAACUUACAGACCCGAGUAUAACGCUGCUACCGCUAUUGAUGGUAAUAAGUGGACAAAUAUGAUGGGUGGCUCAUGUUCCCACACCAAUAAUGACAACCCGGCUUGGUGGCAGCUGGACCUAAAGAAAUGGUACAAGAUUGAGACAGUGGUCAUAGUGAACAGAGGAGACUGUUGCGGUGAGCGCCUGAAAGGAGCCGAAAUUCGUGUUGGAAAUUCAGCAGAUAAAAACAACCCAGUAUGCGGCACCAUCACUGACGUCUCACAACUGACUAUCACCCUGUCCUGUAAGGGAAUGGUGGGUCGCUAUGUGAGUGUGGUCAUUCCCGGGAGACCAGAAAAUCUCCAGAUCUGUGAAGUGGAGGUUUAUGGGACGGAACCUGAAUACAACGGAGUGAAACUUUGUUGGUAGCCAUUGUUGUACUCAGUCAGUGCCCUCUAACAGACAGUAGGAAAGCAAGAGAAGGAACCUCUGUUGAAAUUAAUAAACAGUUUGAAUUGUGUUUAAUGCAGAAAUGAUGGUUUCCUCAAUGAUUCACUUGGCAUCAUGUGAUGUAACUAAAGAUAAUCUGAAUGAGAAUUGUCUCCUUUAUACAUAUGGACAGUCCAAUGGAUUCUUAUGUGAAGAUCUUCCACCAGCAACACUCUCCAUGGCUGCUGGAAUGGAAAGUCCAAAUGAAGCUCAAAGCUAAUGGAUACUGUAAUGCAGGGGUACCCAAAGGCUGAAUCAAAUUCUACCACUCGAUCUUGAGUUGGUGACCAGCAGAUUAUAACAACAGAGUAUUUUGUUCAUAACUGGCUUCAUUAUAUUGUAUAUAUAGGUUUGACUCCUGACAUGGCACUAUAUCCACAGAGUGUUUUCCACUGGGUACCCCCCCCCACUCCAAAACCAUACAGCCAGGUAGAUAGUCUCCUGAUUAAACUGACCCUACUGUGUGUGAUAGGGCCCUUCUGAGCAAUACGUUGGCACUUGAAAUAAAGGGAAAUAAUCAACCGUACAUAAUAUACAUAACAUUAAUUAGUAUUACAUAUUAAAUGUUAUAUAUGUAUGACAUUCACAAAAAUGUCACAGACUCCUGACUAUAACCGUAACCUAUACCAUAAAGUAUGGUAUUGGAUGGUACUGGAGAUAUAUCUAGUAGGUCUCAGCUACAGUUUCUGAGCUACAGUGAUCAGACCCUUCCUUGAAGCCACAACAACAUUAAACCUAUUUUAUUGGCUACUUCCUCACAUUCUUUCUUCAUUUUUAUAAAUCCAAUAUUAAUAGUAAUAGUACACUGGCUCUGUGCUAAUGUACAUACCAUUGUAAAAUCAUUAAAUUACAAUUGUUUGGUU